AUGCCGACAGAUGAAUCGCCCAUGAGCGAUGAUCUGGAUAUUAUUGAGUGUCCGUUCAGAGCAGAUGACUGUAUUCUACCUCUUAUAAAGACAAGCUCGGGAUACGAAAUGCGGGUUUGCAGCAGGCCUGACUCAAAGAAGGUUGUUGCCACAAAGAGCAAGAAAAAUGUAUGGUAUCUGCAUGUGCGAAUCGAUGAUUAUGGAUGCAGGAAUAUGGGAUACACGGAGAACAUGUAUUUGUUUUGCACACCGGCAGACUUUUAUGUUCCUAUUGAUCAGUGCUCAAGAGAAUUUUACUCGAGCAUCUAUGACAAACUGGUGCAUGGUGAUAUGCAACAGUGCAUGGAAGUUGCACAGAUGUUCAGUGAAUCGUAUAUCGAUGACGAGGUUCCGAUGUAUCCGGCACCGGUUAUUUCCACGGUGGAGAGUUUUGAAAACUACAACUUCAAAGACUUCAGGAGUGGAAGGGACAGGCAAGCAGAUACAAUACAUGCGGGGUAUGAUGACGAGAUACCAUGUGAGUCUAUUCAAGGGCUUGAGGAUUCGUUGAUGAAACUGCAUUCGCUAGAUGUAAUGGAGGUUCAAAAGCAGAUAUUUGCGCAAGUGUUUUCAGUGCAUCCCAUCCUCAGGAUCUCAAAUGUGAUCCGAAUGUUUGAUUUGGAUGAGAGGGCAUCUGAAGUAGAAUUCAGCAACUGGAAGAUAAAGAAGCUUCUUCCAUUGCAUGCAUACUUCAUUACCUCAGGGCCAUGGAGGGGGUGCUGGACAAGGUUUGGAUUUGAUCCGAAGGCCGAUCAGUCGAACUUCAAGUAUCAGAUAUACGACAGCCGGAAGUCUGGGCGCACAUUCCAGGUGUUUGAAGCAGAAAAUGUUGUUUCUGAAGUGGAGAGAAACAAGCCAUGGUAUCUUACGGACAAGCCAAGCUUUAGAACGGGAUUCCAUACAAAAGCUCUUCUCAACUUGUUGAAGUUCAGGUCUGAACUGGAGUUUCAUCAAGCAGACGACGGAGAUGAGAUGGACUUUGAGGUUUAUGAUUGA